AUGACAUAUGAAAAAGCUUUAAAUAACAUAAGCCAAUAUUUGAUUGAAAUCGAUAAGCCCGGGAAGUUUAACGCUAAAACGAUCAAGUGGCUCAAAGAAUUGGCGGGGGAAGAAAACAUUGCCACUGUGAAUGAGAAAUUGAUCCAAAAUUUAACUGAUGCCACAACAGAAUUUUAUAAUUAUGCGAUGCCUCACAUUAAUCAUAAAAUUAGUGGCAUACCUGAUAAAAUCACAGAAAUACAAAAUAAUUUGAAAGACAUGUCUGUUGAUUUAAAGGCUUUAAUAGAAAUCAUGCUUCUUCAAAAGGGAGACGAUGACGAUUUGACGAAUGAUACUAUUGAGAAAUUGAAAAUCAAUGAAUAUUUUUUCGAUGAUGAGGAGAAGGAAAUUGUUAGAAAUAAUAUCAGAAGACGUACCUAUAUCGGGAAGGAAGUUGCAGUGAAGAAAAUAAUAGAUUUUGAUUCUGUAAAAAAGAUAAUUGCCAAACAGGCAAGAAUUCAUGAUGCACUCGGGGUCUGCGAUUACAUUGAAAAAUUUUAA